AUGGACUCAUCAUCGCCAUCAGUAUCGGCUCUGCAAUUCGCAUUGGCGGCACUAUUCGGAGCCUCGGUUGUAGCUCUCUCAGCUUUCUAUGUCCACAAACGCAGCGUCGACCAAGUCCUCGACCGCCUCAUCAAGCUUCGCCGCAAGUCCCCUCCUCCCGUCGAGGAUCGCUUCUUCAUUUCCGAUGAAGAUGCCGAGGACGAGCAACACUACACAGACGUUCUCGCUUAUGGUGGAGAGAGAGACGAGAGUGAUGAUAGGGAGUAUAUGUGGAGGGAUGGUGUGUUUACUUCAUUGGGUGAUGAUAGUGUGAUUAAUGGCUAUAGAAUUUCGUGUUCGAUGCCGAAUGUUUGUUCAUCGAGUGGGUGGAUGAAUGACGAGGCGAAUACGGAUAGGCGAAUGAGUUUUGGAGCUAAUCAGGCUUUGUCGAAUUCUUUGAAUAAUCUCAGUUUGAUCUCUUCAAAUCUACAGUCUCUUCGAACUGAUCUAAGAGAUGCAAAGGAUCAGUAUGGUGAUAAUUCUGGUUCUAAUAUGCGUGUGGAGUUUGGUGGUAGGCUAAUGACUCCAAUAUCCUUGGGUGGUUAUGCAUUUGAAAGUGCGGGGGAUUCUGAUGAGGAAGGAACCGAAUUUGAAACGGGAGACGAGUUCCUUUUCACCAAUGAGAACAUAAAUUCUUCAGCUGAACUUGAAAAAGAUAUCAAUUCAAGCAUCCAUAAUCCAUCCAAUGUACCAUCAAAAGCUGAUAAUGUGAACCACAUGCAAGUUCAAAGAUGCACAUCAAUUGCAAACAAAGAAAAUGUCAGUGUAGACCAUGGCGAUGGAAAGAUAAAUACAGGAUCAGUGCACGUUAUCGGGAAUGAUCCCAUGUUUGCCAGCAGUACUGUACCUUUGACAAUUUCAGUCCAUGAGUCAACAAACAUCGAAGAUGAACAAGUGCUGAAGAUGAUCCGUGAGUGUUUAGAUCUGCGGGAUAAAUAUGUUUUCCGUGAAAAAGUUGCUCCCUGGAUGCAGGAAACUGGGGGAAAGUCUAGCCCUUCAAAUGUCAACAGUGAUCCAUUUCACUUUGUGCCUUUUGAAACAACCUCUCACUGCUUUAGGAUGGAAGAUGGAGUUGUACACAUCUAUGCAAGGGAAAAAGAUACUGAAGAUCUUUUCCCUGUUGCAAGUUCAACGACUUUUUUUACGGAUAUGCAUCACAUCCUUAAAGCAAUCUCCAUUGGAAAUGUUCGUUCUGUGUGUCAUCUCCGACUAAGAUUUCUUGAGGAGAAAUUCCGCCUUCAUCUGUUAGUACAUGCAGAUCGAGAGUUUUUAGCUCAGAAAAGUGCACCCCACCGUGAUUUCUACAACAUUAGAAAAGUUGAUACCCAUGUGCAUCAUUCUGCUUGUAUGAACCAGAAGCAACUUCUUCGCUUCAUUAAGUCAAAAUUAAGAAAAGAGCCAGAUGAGGUUGUCAUAUUCCGUGAUGGGCAGUAUCUUACGCUUAAGGAAGUCUUUGAGAGUUUGGACUUAACAGGGUAUGAUCUUAAUGUUGAUUUGUUGGAUGUGCAUGCUGAUAAGAGUACCUUUCAUCGAUUUGACAAGUUCAACCUGAAGUAUAAUCCUUGUGGCCAGAGCAGACUGAGAGAAAUCUUUUUAAAGCAGGACAAUCUCAUCCAAGGUCGUUAUAUAGCAGAAGUGACAAAGCAGGUUUUAUUAGAUCUCGAAGCAAGUAAAUACCAGAUGGCUGAAUACAGGAUAUCAAUUUAUGGAAGGAAACAGAGUGAAUGGGAUCAGUUGGCUAGUUGGGUCAUUAACAAUGCAAUUCAUAGUGAAAAUGCUGUUUGGUUUAUCCAGCUACCACGGCUGUAUAAUGUGUACAAGAAUAUGGGCACUGUUACAUCUUUUCAGAACAUCUUGGAUAAUGUGUUCAUACCACUUUUUGAAGUCACAAUCGAUCCAAAUACUCAUCCUCAGUUACAUGUAUUCCUAAUGCAGGUUGUGGGUUUCGACCUCGUAGAUGAUGAAAGUAAACCAGAAAGGCGUCCUACCAAGCAUAUGCCCAAGCCAGCUGAAUGGACAAAUGAGUUCAAUCCUGCAUACUCUUACUAUGCUUAUUACUGCUAUGCAAACUUGUAUACUCUCAAUAAGCUUCGUGAAUCAAAAGGCUUGCCAACAAUUAGAUUCCGGCCUCACUGUGGAGAGGCGGGUGAUAUUGAUCAUUUGGCUGCUGGGUUUCUUUUAUGCCAUAAUAUAUCACAUGGGAUCAAUCUGCGAAAGUCCCCCGUCUUGCAGUACUUGUACUACCUUUCUCAGAUCGGACUGGCCAUGUCUCCACUGAGUAAUAACUCACUUUUCUUGGACUAUCAUCGCAACCCAUUCCCGAUGUUCUUCCAGCGUGGCUUAAAUGUAUCGCUUUCUACGGAUGACCCUCUACAAAUUCAUUUAACAAAGGAGCCUCUUGUGGAAGAAUACAGCGUUGCAGCAAAGUUAUGGAAGCUCAGUUCCUGUGACCUUUGCGAGAUAGCCAGAAAUUCUGUCUAUCAGUCUGGAUUCUCACAUCAAGCCAAGUUGCAUUGGCUCGGCAGUAAAUAUUUCAAGAGGGGCCCAGAAGGAAACGAUAUUCACAAGACUAAUGUACCCAGUAUGAGGAUUUCCUUCAGAGAUGAGACAUGGAAGGAGGAGAUGCAGUAUGUCUAUUCAGGAAAAGCAAGAAUUCCCGAGGAAAUAGACGUUUGAAGGGGAUGGUACUAUACAAAUAAGCCCAUUUUUAUUUACAGUAAUUUACAAUACUUAUGAAAUUUCGGUUUUAAAUCUGGGGUUUCAGUAUUUGAGCACAGGUUAGACAUGCCCUAUUUGGUGGCCAUUGGCAUGUCUGGAUAAAGGGUCAGAGCUUGUGCGGAACUCCAGCAGCCAUAAGGGUGACUGAUAACAUCCUGCUAAAGUAUGUGGUUCUAUUUUGUUUUUUAAUUUCCCCUCUUUAUCAGCAAUUUUGUGAGGGCCACUCUUGUAACAUUCAUAUGGUGGGCAAUCAAAUUUUGAUUGAAUUCAGUGGUUCGAUCUCACAUUAUUUUUGGCAACUAUGCAAAGGAAGGGAAAUUUCUAAUUUCUUGUGCUCCCCUGUGUGUGUGUUUUUUUUUUAAGAGAAGGAGAGGGGGGGGGGGGGGUACUGUUUAAACGAUUUGUGCUUCCCUGACCUUCCCUCUGCCCAAACCGAGCUAGCUGGAUCUUUCAUCAGUUCAAUUUCUUUUUCUAUGUAAGCAUAUCAUUUGAUACUGUUUCACAAUACCAGAACCGAUGCAUCUUAA